AUGAUAGUUCGGCUUGGGUCAGAUUUAUCAUCAUUAUUCGAUAAAGAUGCACUUGAUUUAAUAUGUCGAAAAGUUUCAUCGAUAUCAGGUGAUGUUCGUCGUGUAUUACAAAUAUGUUCACAAACAUUAGAUAUGGCACAAUUAGAUAAAUUAUCAAAUAAAGUUACACUUGAACAUGUACAAAAAACAUUUGAACGUUUAUAUACAUCAACAAGAACAAUAUUUAUUCGAAAUUUAAUUCCUAUUCAACGUAAAAUACUUGAAGCUAUUCAAGAUGAAUUAUCAUAUGGUAAAGGACGAGAAAUUACAACAAUUAGUGCUAUUUAUGAACGAAUUGAUAAAAAAGAAUAUAGUUUUACAGAUGUUAGACGUAUUUGUGGUCAAUUAUCAGCUUGUGGAUUAUUGUUAUUAGAUAAAUCAUCGAAUAGUGUUGCUCGACAAAGUGUUCGAUUGAGCAUGCCUAUUCAUUUACUUAUAUUUGCACUUAAAAAUAAUAACUAA